AGGAACGGAAACGAGCCAGCAUGCCGGAGCCUGUGAAUCACCAGGUGAAUGCCGCUCGUAAGACGUUCCGAACCUUAUACCAAAUCUCCAAGCUACUGAACACAAAUCUUGAUGAGAACACUCUGAGCAUUUGCAUUAGGCUAUGUGAAAACGGAGUAAACCCGCAGCUCGCUACUGUAGUGAAGGAACUUCAGCGAGAAGUCAAAGCGAUGAAUGACACACAAUUGGAAUUUGCGAGUAAGACAAAUGCGACUAAAUGAACCCAAACAAGUAUGACACUGUUGUCCUCCCACAUAUUUUAUAGAACUUAUGUUAUUCAAUAAAUAUUUUUAAAUAUA